GGGGGGGGAACGCAGGCGCAUUGAGGCGCAGAGGGUAAUAUUAGACAGAUCCAGAGCUCUCCCUCUACCAGCUGCACAGCAGUAAACAUUUCAGUGCAAAUGACUGGAAAAGACAGGGGAGCCUCUGUAAGCUGCAGAGCAGGAAUAUGAGAGUCAAACCACUAUCAGUCCGGAGCUUUUUUCUCUUUCAUAAGAAGACCAUCAGUAACCAAAGAGGUGGGCCCACAGUGCUCUGAGCUUUACACAGGCAUCUUUUCAGCUGGCUUGGCAACACAGUUUCUUCAGUAUAAAAGAAUGCAGACUGUAUCAGCGGCAGUUUCUUGAACAUCAGCUCUGCGGGUGUGGGUGAGACGUUCUUUGGGGAGAAGAAACCAGAGCCGUUCCCCAGCACCGGGGAUUAAAUCAAGGGGCACUACUUUGUGUUCUACGCGUGUGGAGGGCCGUUGUCCAGGGCAGACAAGGGGAGCCGCGAUGGCCACAGGAGAGAUCACCACUCUUCCCCCUGCACCUGAAGAUGGUAGCAGCGGCACGUUCCCUCCUGGAAACUUCAAGGAGCCCAAAAGGCUGUACUGUAAAAAUGGGGGCUAUUUCUUGAGGAUCAACUCGGAUGGAAGAAUAGAUGGGAUCCGGGAAAAAAAUGAUCCUCACAUCAAGCUGCAGCUCCAGGCAACAGCAGUUGGUGAAGUCAUAAUCAAAGGGAUUUAUGCAAAUCGAUACCUUGCGAUGAAUGAGGAUGGAAGGCUUUUUGGUUCGAAAUGCCACACGGAUGAAUGCUACUUUAUCGAACGACUCGAGUCGAAUAACUACAACACCUAUCGGUCGAAGAAGUACCCUGAGUGGUACGUAGCACUGAAAAGGACUGGACAGUUCAAAUCUGGAUCCAGAACAGGACCAGGACAAAAAGCCAUUCUCUUUCUUCCCAUGUCAGCAAAGAGUUGAUUUCACAGUUUCAGAAA